GAGCUGGAGAUACGGGGAGGAGAGAACAGAUUGAAAACAAAUCAACUAAGAUCUCCUAUUGCACAUCACAACGGCUGCUAGUCUCUGCGAAGUUUUUAAUGCAUUAACUGCCUUGUGAACAGAAAGUAAAAUAAGGCACUUUUACACUAUUGGCUAUUUGUUUUGAAGUUGCGCGAUUAAUGCGAUCAUGGACUGCAGAAGUUUAAAAGAUGCACGUCGGGCGCUAUACCGCAACAAUGAAUGAUAACGUUGACAUAAAGAUCGAUUUGAAAAUCGCAUUUGUAUUUGCAAAAUCUGCGUGAUCCUGCUUAAAAACAAUCAUGGAUUUUCACUGCUGGCCGCAAGCGAGAAUGUUUUGAUGAACGUUAAGUUUUCUGAAGCGUGUGCAUAAACUUUGGACGUGAAUCGAGUGACAGAAUCUACAAGCCUGAAGUUCGUUAACAUCGGAGAGGCUCUCGAAGAGCGCCAUCAUGGAAACCACAACUCCAGCCACCCCUGAGAAGAAGGGGUGUGAGGGUUCAGGCUUGGAUGCCAGCAGCUUCUCUGAGCUGCCCAAGAAGCUGUCACCCACUGCAGUAACACGAGCACCUCCUCUCUUCCCGACCUUUCACACGCCGAUCCCCAUUGACAUGCGUCACCACGAGGGCAGAUACCAUUAUGAGCCACACCCUCUUCAUACCAUGCAUGGGCCUGCUGGAUUAGCUGGAAGCCCAGUCAUCUCAGAUAUCCCUCUGUACCGGCUGUCCCCCCAUGCUGCAGCUGCAGCCGAGUCCCAGUUCAGCCCAUCGCACCCUUACGUGAGCCCCCACAUGGAGCACUACCUGCGCUCCGUCCACACCAGCCCCACGCUGUCUGUCCUUUCUGCCGCGCGAGGCCUGAGCCCACCUGAUGUGACCCACGAGCAGCUGAAAGAACGAGGGCUGUUCGGCCUCCCCGCCCCGCCGCCCGGGACCAGCCCGGCCGACUACUAUCACCUGAUGGCCAGUCACCGCAGCCCCUACGGAGAGCUGCUGAUGCAAACAGGGGCAGCUGCCACAGUUGCUGCUCAUCUGCCUGACUACAUCAGCCCCGUGGACAUGUCACGUUUCCCCAGUCCCAGGCUGACACCCAGGCUCAGCCGCAAGCGGGCGCUCUCCAUCUCGCCCAUGUCGGACGCCAGCAUUGACCUGCAGACCAUGAUCCGCACUUCGCCCAACUCCCUGGUGGCCUACAUCAACAACUCCCGCUCCAGUUCCAAUGCCAGCAGCUCAUAUGGCCACCUGUCCGUCGGGGCCAUCAGUCCAUCCUUCACCUUUUCCCAUCCCGUGGCUUACCAGCAGCUGCUUUCGCAGCAGAGAGGACUCAGCGCGCUGGGCCACGCGCCCCACCUGCUCCAGCCCACGGCCUCCUUCGGCACCCGCCAGCCGCAGCUCUGUCUAGCGACCCACAGCACCAGCAGCAACCCCAACACCGAGGUCUGCCAGAAUGCUGGAGGAGACUCUGCUGUCAGCAGCACCGUCAACCCAAUGAUCACCAAGAGGUCAAAGGUGAAGAUGGAAGCGGACGGACCGCGCCCUAUUUCUCCUUGCUCCCAGGAUCACGUGGAGCUGAGAGAAGAGUUGGAUAAGGACGAGUGCAAGCAGGAGCCCGAGGCCGUGUAUGAGACCAACUGCCAUUGGGAGGGCUGCACCAAGGAGUUCGACACACAGGAACAGCUAGUGCACCACAUCAACAAUGACCACAUCCAUGGGGAGAAGAAGGAGUUCGUGUGCCGGUGGGUGGAAUGUUCACGCGAGCAGAAGCCCUUCAAGGCCCAGUACAUGCUUGUGGUACACAUGCGUCGACACACGGGGGAGAAGCCCCACAAAUGCACGUUUGAAGGUUGCUCCAAGGCCUACUCUCGCCUGGAGAACCUGAAGACCCACCUGAGGUCCCACACGGGAGAAAAGCCGUAUGUGUGUGAGCACGAGGGCUGCAACAAGGCCUUCUCAAACGCCUCGGAUCGGGCCAAGCACCAGAACCGUACACACUCCAACGAGAAACCAUAUGUGUGUAAGAUCCCAGGUUGCACGAAACGCUACACAGACCCGAGCUCUCUCAGGAAGCACGUGAAAACAGUUCAUGGGCCAGACGCACACGUCACAAAGAAGCAGCGUGCCGAUAUUCCUGCCAAACCUCAGCCUCCUAAAGGGAGUGGGGAGAACGAGGCUGGCACAAUGCACGCUGGGAGAGGAACCGAGGGGUCAGCCGAAGCCAACACCACCCCCAGAGGAGAGGAGGACCGCCUGCAAGUCAAGACUAUUAAGACUGAGAACACAGCGAUGUAUCAGUCCAGCCCUUGUGGGCAGUCCUCAUGUAGCAGCGAGCCAUCACCACUUGGUAGCACCACCAACAAUGACAGUGGAGUAGAGAUGGCCAUGCACAGUGGAGGCAGUUUGGGGGACCUGAGUGCUCUGGAUGACCCCCCUGUGGUGGAUUCCACUGGUUCUCCAGGGACCUCAGCAGGUGUCGGCCUUCAGCUUCGUAAGAACAGGGGAGGCCUUCUGCAGCUCGAGCACAUCAAGAAGGAGAAAUUAAAGACUAUGAGAGACUCCUGCCCAUGGAGCAACGCAACUCCUCAAGUCCAAAACACCAAGCUGCCUCCAAUACCGGCUGUCGGGUCUCUGCUAGAGAGUUCGUGUGCAGGCUCCCUGGGUGGCAGCCUGCCCAGCCAGCGUUUAGUGGACUUGCCCUUGUGUGAAGUGACGGUGCUGCACCAGCUGUGCGAGCGCAGAGACAGCACCAGCAGCACGCUGAGUUCAGCCUACACACUCAGCCGCAGGUCCUCGGGAAUCUCGCCCUGCUACUCCAGCCGGCGCUCCAGCGAGGCCUCGCCAUUCGGCGGGCGUCACAACAAUGUGAGCUCGGCCGACUCGUAUGACCCCAUCUCUGCCGACCUGUCUCGCCGGUCCAGCGAGGCCAGCCAGUGCGGUGGGGCUGCCCUCCCCAGCCUGCUCAGCCUCACCCCGGCCCAGCACUACCGCCUGAAAGCAAAAUAUGCAGCGGCCACAGGGGGCGCCCCACCCACGCCCCUUCCCAACAUGGACCGCAUGAGCCUGAGGACUAGAAUGGCACUGUACAACGACUGCCAGGAGAGCUCGGCACAUUUGUUCCAAGUCCGAGCCAUGGGCAACUCACGGCGCUGCAGUGACACGACCUACGGCACGCCUGGUAUUAUGCCUCAUGAAGUCCCGAGUAACCUGCCAAGGAGAGCCAGUGACCCCGUCCGCCAUGCGACUCUGGAUCCGUUCUCCAUGCCUCGAGUCCAGCGCUUCAACAGCACGAGCAGCAUGAACCCCUCCCGGCUGCCUGCUGGCGACCGCCGCAGUGUUAACUUGCCGAACGGUACCUGGUCCGACGGUGGGUUGCAUCGCCAUCCAUUCAGCCAAAGGCCGCCUAGCAUCUCGGAGAACGUCGUCAUGGAAAACUUGGCCAUCGAUGGCGCUGACCAGGCGGAGGAUGACAUGGUCCUUCCAGAUGACGUGGUGCAGUACCUCAGGUCCCAGCACUCUGACCCGAAUGCGGGAAUGGCCUAUGGCAGCACUCUGGCGCAGGACUUCCAGAGCGGAGCAACCUCCGAGCAGCAGAGGCACUUUUACGGGCAACGGCGCAUGGCCUUGGCCGAUGCCGACCUGAGCCACACGGAGCAAGCGACGGCCCCCUGCCACAUCAGCCCAGGUCCCCAACAGCCAUUCUUAGCCUCCGCCAGCAUGAACAAGAGCCACAUGCCUGUCCAGUGGAAUGAAGUCAGCUCAGGUACUGUGGACAACACAGCAAGACUCCCAAAGCAGCAGCUGCUCAGAGCCAACCUGGCACUCAUCCAGCAGAAACAGCUCGUUGGGCCUUAUCAGUGCUUUGACACGAAUCUACAGACCUCACCGAUGAGCCAGAAUGUGAAUCUUCUACACCAAGGUUACCCCCAGAGGAAUGCUCAGAGGAUGAACUCCAUUCAGCAGUACAAACAGUCCUACGUCAACCCAUGUCAAAACCUCAGCGAGCAACCGAAGGCACAGCAGGGAUGUCGGCAGGAAGUGAACCCUAAUCCCUCAUCAGGGAGCACCUGCCAAGGCCAAAUAUGCAACAGUAUGGCUCUGCAAAAUCAAGACAUGCCAAAUUACAGGUCAGCCUAUGCACACCUGGAUAACUUCAACCAGCAGAAUUAUGCCCCAUCACCCCAAAUCACCCUUCAAAAUGGGGGCAGAGCUCCGUUUCAGCCCAGGCCUCCGACUGAACCCAAACCUCCAAGCAGGUACCACUCAGGUUCAGGUAUGCCCCAGCAAAGUGGCUACAUGCUGUCCAGCGCUGGCUCUGGCUUUAACACCUCAGAGGCUAGCCCUAAGAGACCAGCAGGGACUGCCGACCUCGCUAAUCGAAACAAUAGCACUGCAUGCAAUUUGGUAGAGAGCCACAUGUUGGAUAGCAAUGUAAACUAUAACUCACCCAUGUCACCCUGUGCCAGUCAAGCUCCUUGUAACACAGUGCAUGCAAUGGCAUCUCCCGGGGUCAACCAGGUCAGCAGCACAGUGGACACUUCUCAGACUGUUGAGCAUACUCAAAUUGAUUUUGAUGCCAUGUUGGACGAUGGAGACCAUUCCAGCCUGAUGUCUGGCACAUUGAGCCCCGGUCUCUUGCAGAGCCUUUCCCAGAAUUCCUCACGGCUCACCACCCCACGGAACUCUGUCACACUGACCUCAGUGCCAGCAGGAAUCAGCAACAUGGCUAUUGGUGAUAUGAGCUCUAUGUUGACUGCCCUUGCUGAGGAAAACAAAUUCUUAAACAUGAUGGCUUAAGGAUCAAUGAAUUAUAGAUGGGAAAAACCUAGGAAGAAAUGUAAUAUGUUGUGCUUGGUGAUCUUUCUACCUUUUUGUAUACAUCAAAGGAAUAGUAUUAUACAUGUGACAACAUCCACUUAUGUCUUAAGGGGAGCAAAAUAUGUACAUAUAUUUUUAAUAAGAAAAAAAA